CACUGGCCCGGCAGGAACAUGUUGCAGCUCCGAGGGGUCCUCACUCGCUCCUGUGCCCGGUGGCGCUGGCAUCAUUGUGCCGCAGCGGAAGUCAAGAAUGAGCCAAUCCUGGAGUUCAGAUCUGGCAGCGCGGAAAGGGCGGCCCUCCAGCAAGCAUUACACGAGCUGAAGGCUACAACGGAAGAAAUCCCGUGUGUCGUUGGGGGAGAGGAAGUCUGGACUAAGGACGUGAGGUACCAAGUGUCGCCGUUCAAGCAUUCUCACAGGGUGGCCAAGUACUGCUUCGCGGAUAAGGAGCUGCUGAAUAAAGCCAUCAAUGCCGCGAUGGGCGUGCGUAAGGAGUGGGACCUGAAACCCGUACAGGACCGGGCGCAGAUCUUCUUUAAAGCCGCGGAUCUUCUGAGCGGCCCCAGGAGGGCGGAGAUUCUGGCCAAGACCAUGAUUGGGCAGGGGAAAACUGCGAUCCAGGCGGAAAUUGAUGCCGCUGCCGAGUUAAUUGACUUCUUCCGUUUCAACGCCAAAUACGCCCUGGAACUGACGCACGAGCAGCCAAUCAGCAUCCCCGUCAGCACCAACUCCAUGGUCUAUAGGGGCUUAGAGGGUUUUAUCGCUGCGGUGUCGCCGUUUAACUUCACUGCGAUUGGUGGGAAUCUGGCGGGGGCCCCGGCGCUUAUGGGGAACGUGGUUCUGUGGAAGCCCAGUGACACCGCCAUUCUCUCCAGUUACGCUGUGUAUAAGGUUCUGCUUGAGGCCGGGCUCCCCCCCAACGUGAUCCAGUUUGUCCCGGCCGACGGCCCAGUCUUCGGAGACACCAUCACCAGCUCCGAGCAUCUCUGCGGCAUUAACUUUACCGGCAGCGUCCCAACCUUCAAGCACCUCUGGAAGCAGGUUGCACAGAACCUCGACGUGUAUCGGACUUUCCCACGCUUGGCUGGAGAAUGCGGCGGGAAGAAUUUCCACUUCGUCCACGCGUCGGCGGACGUGGAGAGCACCGUGAACGGCACCAUCCGCUCGGCGUUCGAGUACGGGGGGCAGAAGUGCUCGGCCUGCUCCCGCCUCUAUGUCCCCGACUCGCUGUGGCCCCGGAUCAAAGCGCGGCUGCUGGAGGAACACGCCAAGAUCAAAGUGGGGGACCCGGCCGACGACUUCAGCUCCUUCUUCUCCGCGGUUAUCGACCAAAAGUCUUUCAGGCGGAUCCAGGGUUGGAUAAGCCACGCCCAGUCGUCACCCGACCUCGCCAUCCUAGCGGGAGGGAAGUGCGACGACAGCGAGGGAUAUUACGUGCAACCGACCAUCAUCGAGAGCAAAAACCCCAAGGAGAAGAUCAUGGCGGAGGAAAUAUUCGGACCGGUUCUGGCGGUUUAUGUUUAUCCGGAAAGCAAUUACAGAGAAGUUCUGCAGCUGAUCGACUCCACUUCCCCAUACGGCCUGACGGGGGCAGUGUUUGCACAGGAUAAGAAUGUGCUGAGGGAGGCGACGCAGAUUCUCCGGCACGCGGCUGGGAAUUUCUAUAUAAAUGAUAAAUCCACUGGCGCAGUUGUGGCGCAACAACCAUUUGGGGGCUCUCGGGCAUCUGGCACCAACGACAAGCCGGGGGGGCCACACUACAUCCUCAGAUGGACGUCACCCCAAGUCGUUAAAGAGACCCACGUACCCCUGACGGAAUGGAAGUACCCGUAUAUGCAGUGAGCCGUGCCCAUACCUACAGGGGGCUGUACCAACUGAACCCCCAGAGGGGAGACAUCGGAGCCGCUGCCAAUAUCGGUUCGGUUCUCUGCGACACGGACACUAAGAACCCCCCAAACUCCCCCAUUUUACAGAGUUUAUCAUAACGAUAUUUUAUUUUUUUAAAGUGAAUUUUAAUGUCUUUAUUUUAACUGAAUCCGUUAAGGUCAUUAUGUAAUUAUAGCACAAGGGGGCGCCCUAACCCAAUCCUAAUUUCACCGGAGGAACCUUCGGACUUGGGAAAAGGAUUUCUUGUUGCACGUUGUGGGGGGCGCGGUGCAAGGGACGUCCCAGUCGCGGGUCAGGAGUCGGGGUAAAGGGAAAGUAACACCUUCAUGAAGUUAUUGGGACCUGGUUUGUUGGCCAUUUAUUCAUAACGGGAGGCGCUGUUCUAUUGCAGCCUAUGCAAGAGCAACAGGUAAAAGGUGGUACUGCAAGUCACAUAUUAAUCACUCUUUUAUCUCAGAGCCCCCAAUGGACAAUCACAUAAGUGAUAACUUCCCCUUUAAAAAAAUCCAGAACCCUUUCUGUUGUUUCCUAGGCUGAAGUUUGUGAUUGGUGGAUCAGUCACUAGGUGGGCACUUCUUGCAAACCCUGAUGUUUCUCUGAUAUAUUUGUUGGUUGGCACUGGCUCUCAGGGUGCUGGGAGUUGUAGUUCAGCAACAGCUGCAGAGUUCAGUUGAUGUUCACUGUGUUGGGCAAUAACAUAGCGAGUCCUUGUUCUGUAACCCAUAGCCUGAGCGGCUGCCAUUGGGUAUUGGUUGGCUCAGCUGAGGGGUGGCCCCAACCCCAACCCCUGGGAACCGUUCCCAUGGGAAUUUUAAUACACAAAUAUCCAGAUUUCCAUUGGCUGUUAGUUCUGAGAAUAGCAAACCCGAUGCUGCCUUCAAUGUGAGCCCUGCUGUUAUUGGUGCCUUUCUUGCCCCCAUAGAGGAACCAUAGAUUCCGUAAUAGACCCUUCCCCUUGGCCAAAUCUGCCAACCCUGUGCCUUAAGGUAUUUGUCUUCUAGAACUUGUUGUCUUUGGUCUGCUCUUUCCUUUCUGGCCUAUAGGGGCAUCACCCUUUAGGGAGGGACUAGUCUUCUUCAGCUAUGGAGAUGAUGGGUCAUGGUGAAGUGAGGGGUAUCAGUAAGAUCAGUGGACCAUACCAAUACCAUGGAGAUGAUGGGUCAUGGUGAAUGAAUGGAAUUACAUCUGUUAAACCAGUGGACCAUACCAAUACGAUGGAGAUAAUGGGUAAUGGUCAAGGGAAUGGGAGUGAUAUGAUCUGUGGACUAUACCAAUACCAUGGAGAUGAUGGGUGGUGGUGAAUGAAGAGAGUGAUAAAAGUAAGAUUGGUGGAUCAUACCAAUACCAUGGAGAUGAUGGGUAAUGGUUAAGGGAGUGAUAUGAUUAGUGGACCAUACCAAUACCAUAGAGAUGAUGGGUAAUGGUCAUGGGAGUGAUAUGAUCAGUGGACCAUGCCAAUACCAUAGAGAUGAUGGGUAAUGGUCAUGGGAGUGAUAUGAUCAGUGGACCAUGCCAAUACCAUGGAGAUGAUGGGUAAUGGAUAAGGGAGUGAUAUGAUCAGUGGACCAUACCAAUACCAUGGAGAUGAUGGGUAAUGGUUAUUGGAGUGAUAUGAUCAGUGGACCAUACCAAUACCAUGGAGAUGAUGGGUAAUGGUUAUGGGAGUGAUAUGAUCAGUGGACCAUACCAAUACCAUGGAGAUGAUGGGUAAUGGUUAUGGGAGUGAUAUGAUCAGUGGACCAUACCAAUACCAUGGAGAUGAUGGGUAAUGGUGAAAGAAGUGAGUGGUAUCAAUAAGAUCGGUGAAUCGUACCAACAAAGGGUGACAGUAUUUUAUUUCUGAACUUGGACAGUACAACCCCACGUGACCAGAGAAGAACUGAUUCAUCCAAUUAGUCCAACCCCACAGAGCCGAAGCAAUGGGCCGAUCCAUCUACGAACCUCACCGUGAAUCCCAUUGUAUCAAGUGGAGCCUUUGUGUUUCCUCAGCCUGGAGGAGCUGGAGUGGGGCCCUAUGGAAACGCUGUGCUCACCCCCAAACCCUUCUGAGCCCCCCAGUAGUAGUCAUUGAGUCUUUUGUAUCCAUUUCCCCUGCAGCCAUUUUGCCCUCUGGGGUAGUUGGGGGCAAUUUCUCACUCUGGGGCCCAACAACUUCACGGAAAAACUUCUUUAUUUGACGGAUUUAAACUCAAUUCCAUCGAUACAUUCGCUGAGGGCCCCCCCCCGUGUCCCCCCCGUAUCAGUCAACUUUAUUUGUCCGCUACAUAAUCCCCCAAUCGCUGCUGAGUGGCAAAGCGCUAAUUACGGGCGGAAAGCAAUCAAACUCGUUAUCCGGCUAAACGCGCCGAUCACUUCACUCGGAAUUAAUUGGGGGCAUCGCUGCAAAAACACGGAUUGGGGGGGUUCAUCUGCAUACGAUGGGGGGGAGGCGCUGCUGCCUGUAGCGCUGGGGGGGGCUGAAAGCUGCUCCUUUAUUUGCUGCUAAUGACUGAAGUUGCUUGAACAGAAGGCAGCACGGGUUUACUUUGCCUUUAUCUCAGAGGCCUCCCCAGGCAGCAGUGCUGUAACUGCGACUCAUAGAAACCAGUUAUUGGCCUUAAAAAUACUGCAUUGUGGGGGAAAAAAUGGCGUUUUGCAUCCAAAAGCGCAGUUGUAAAUGAUCCCCACUGAGUGUAACUGAGACUAUUUGCAAUUGGUCUUCAUUUUUUAUUAUUAAUGUUUUUUUUAGUUCACUUUUUAUUCAGCAGCUGUCUGGUUGCUAGGGUCCAAAUGACCCUAGCAACCAGGGAGCAGUUUUGCACAAAGAAGUGCAGUUUCCCCACACAGGGCCCCGUAGUGACACAGAAGUAGUUGACACUGAAAUGCAAACUGCUAAUUGUAAACUGGAACUAAUAGACUGUAAGCUCUGCAGGCCAGAAUGUUGGUCCUGUUUGCACUGAUUGUGAUUUGUUACAAUGUAUCCAAUAAUAAUAAUAUUAAUUAAUUGCUCUAAUUAUAUGUCACUGUUACAACUGGACAUCAGCUAAUAAAUACUGUCAUGUGUUUGUUAUUUA